AUCGAUACGAAUCAAUAGGCGCCCACAAUACACUUCGUUUCCCCUUUCGGUUUGGUGAUUAUUGGACGUUGAUCUACUUUCAGUCCUCCGUAAAAACCUUCACUUUCGCUUUCUGAUAACAGAUGCUUCAUACUUCCGUCUUAAAGAAGAGCUGAAGAAGACGAGUUCCCUCAAUGCCUUCAAAAUUACAUGGCGCAGAAACACGCAGGUUUACCAAACGAGACCGUCUUCGUAGAGUGUCGUGCGUUCGUCUUCUACCAUCAAGCGGGACAUAAUCGUUGGUUGGAAGUCGGAGACCCGAAUGUCUACUCAAGAGUACAACUGCUCGGCAAUCGCCAAGGCGGAAGUACUGGAUUGUAUAGAAUUUUUGGAAGACUGGAGUCAUCAGGAAUGGUAAGUUUUCAUGACAGAUAGACUUCCAUUCGAGGCUAAAAAUAGUCUCAUUCUUGUAAAGUACUCUCUGAAGGUUUUCAGGGCAAUACGAGCAAAACAUUUUAUCGCAGUUCCUUUGGAGUAGGUAGAAUUAAUACGUGGAUGUUUCUCGACGCUGAAAAAACUCGUGUCUUAAAUAUGAUUCGUUCAACACCACGAAGAGCACGGUGGAUGUGAUGUGAGAUUAUGGAGAACCCGCGUUCCGGGUUCUCCGUAUACGUUCCACGGCAGUGGUUGAAUCUGAAAAAGCUUUCGAACCGCCAUUUUGUAGGCAUACCAAGGCAUACCACUUCUAAAUGGCGCUUAGAGCUUAGCUAAGAGCUUUUAACUCCACUUCUUGUGCUGAGUCAGCACUUUCAUGUAAAGAUGGAGGACAAAUAUAAGAAUAAAAAUAAAUAUGAGGAAAAAUAUAUUUAGAUUUUGUAAUUCAGUCCGGCAUGUUUUUCAUUACGUGCACUGGAGGGAUUUUUCUUCUUUAUUAUAAAGAGCCUUGAACUGCGACAGUAGGUAAAGAUGUAGACGCCUUUGUGUUAAUAUGGAUAAAAGUCUUUUUUUUUCAUGAAACUCUUUCCGUUAUGGAAGUGGAGUUUUUGCCUCGUUCCUUAUACGUCAAUUGUGAAUGGAUCGGGUAGAGAUCUCGCAUCCUGGUGAUGAAUCGAGUCGCUCGACACGAACCAAGGUUUGACUGUAUUGAUGGUUGAACAACAACAUAAGCUUCUAAUUUUCAAAAACUGAGGACUUACUUAGUACUGUAGGGUCAAUAGCUGCAUGGUAAUACGACAUAUGACUUCAUGUUAAAACAUUGUGCUGAGUAAGCUCAUGCUAAGGUGCCAAACAACAUUCAACAAUCGUGGAAGACACUUCAACGCCUAGUGUUUGUCCAUUUGAAUUACUUCCACAGGAAAUGUGCUUUGUAAGCACAUUUCAUUGAUGCUAUUGCUCAAAAUAACUUUUGACCAAUCAAUGCAGUUUACAUAAAAUAAAUUGAGUGGGACUUGUCCCUGAAUUGUAUGUGAGCACAUGAUUGUGAUAUGUCAUAAAAUGAACUUUGAACAUUUAAACUCCUUCAAAGUGUGAUGUCUGCUGCACCUUUACGUGAAGUGUAACUUUAAAUGACUGUCUGAAAGCAGCUAACACAGCACCAGUUGUGAAUUUUGGCUCAAGGCACAAAAUUGCCAAUCAAGUAUCAGUUACAUGCUAUUUGAAUCAGUAAAUUCACAUUGACUGCAAGUGAAUUUGUGAUGCCGCAGGAGAAUGCAGUCUUGAAAAAUUUUGAUGGUGAUGGUGAACUUCUCACCUGAUAAUUCGGAAGUAUAGCGUAAACUGAAUGCAAUGUGAUUAAAUAACUACGUGAUGGCAUUUCAACUUCCCCUUGCACAAUUGCCAGGAUAGUUCCAGUUAAGUUAGGCAGUGGGAAUGAGAAGCAUUUAACAGAGCAGUUGUUUUUCGUAUAUUGGCAGUGUAUUCAACUCAAUUUAAAAACUAUACUGUCUUGUUAUGGUCAUAGUCUUUGUGCGAUGAAGUUUCUACAUCUUUAAAGCCAAUGUACCAUAUUGCCAUUCUAAAUUAUUUAAUGAUUCUUUGUGCAUAUUUCCACAUCAAUAAACAAAUAUGCAGUAUGUUUAGACUGACUUUUCAAUUUGUUAGUCAUUAGUAAAGUGACAAUUUAGUCCUAGCAGUUGAAUGAGUUAAAUAUUUGCAUACAAGAGAUUUCAUAUGUGGGAAAAGCCUCUCGUAGGAUAUAUUCAUGAGAAUAUCAACAUGUUUGAUACUAUUUUUGGUCUUGUUAUCUUUGUUUAGAAACCUUAUUGUAAGAAGGAAGCUAACAAUAAAAUUUAUCAAAUGAGGACACUACUAUCGUGCAAAUUCUAAAAGUCAGUUUAAAUUACAAAUUGAGCCAACAUUUAAUGCUAUUUCAUUGUUAAAUCUAUAAGAGCUCUGAAGAUAAAUUGAACUUUUUGACCUUGGAUAUUAACAACUUUUGGAGAUUCCGUGUUUUUUCAUGAUAUAAUUGAUGUACUGUUCAGUUUAUGAUUCAGCCUUGAAUGCAAACAGAAAGCGUACUAGCUAAAUUUGAGAUUUUACUAGUCUUUGACGUAUUCACUAAAGGUACUUAUUUUUUAAUGUUGAUUUGCAAUAAACCAGAUUCGACUUUUCUAUGGCAGUUAAUUUCUAUAUGCCAUUGCGCCUGUUGAUUGUUGCCAAUCAAGUUUCUAGGAAUGAAGCUAAGAUUUUAACUUCUUUGUCCUGGUAUGUGAAUAGAAUAAGAGAGAUGGUAAAUGUUUUUGUUUGGUAAAGAUAUAGUGAGAGGUUUUCAUCUUGUCAUGAGCAUGAAACAAAGAAAAAAUUCUGAGUCCCCAUGAGGAAUUGAACCUCAGACCUUCGGAUUCUGCGUUCCAAUGUUCUAUCACUGAGCCACAGAGACUACAGAGAGCAAGGUCUAUUAUAAAGUUCAAAUGACUCAAGUCCUACAUACUGUUAGAAUCAGCAAUGUCAAUAGCAUCAUAUUUGUAAAUAGAAUAAGAGGGAUGGUAAAUUUUGAGCUUGGUAAAGAUAUAAAGAAAGAUGUUUUUUGUCCUAUCGCAAGUGUGGUACAAAGAGAAAUUCUGUGUCCCCAUGAGGUCUGAAGUUCAAUACCUCAUAGGGACUUCGAAUAUUUUCUUUGUCCCAUGCUCACGACAAGACAAAAAACAUCUUUCUUUAUUCUUUGUCUUAGAUUUGUAUUUAUAGUAUUCAUUCUCCUAUCAAGUUUAAUUUGUGGUGUGAAUUCAUUACAUGUCAGGGCGUGAAAUUAAUUUUUUUUUUCUGAUAGCCACUUGGCUCCUAAAUUGUUCAAAGUGGUAGCCAAUUCAAAAAAAGUUGGUCGCCAUUUUCAAAGACAAACAAAACCUUUUUUUUACGCUGUCAUCGUUCUAGAAACUAAGUCAGGGAAAAGAUCUUUGACAUGCUACAAAGUGGACACUAGGAUGGAUGAUAUGCAAUGUUUAAGCUCACCUAAAUCCUAGAUGGCGUCUAGUUAUUGAUCGAGAUGCAUGUGUUGUGUUUUGGAAACAAACUUAACGAGGAAGUUUACCGAGGAUUUGUCUUUGCAAAUCUUUUUAAUUCACUAUAUCUCCAGGUAAGGUUAUGAUGAAACAUUCUAGUCACUAAUUUGGCAACUAAUUUGCAGGAUUUGGUCGCCAAAGUGAAAAAUUUAGUCGCAUUGGCACCUGUAUUAGGCACAAUUUCAUGCCCUGCAUGUGCCAAAAAUGGUUGGGAAAAAGUAUACUCAAAAAGUUGUGAUAGGAUUUGUAUGCACCCAUUUCAUUUUGUUCUAAGCAUUAAGUUGUUGGAGGUUUUUUAAAGUGAGAAAUAGUUAAUUAAAGAAAUUGUUUAAUUUUAUGUUAAAUGUUUCAUCCCUUUGUUAUCUAAUUGGCAGACUCUUGUAAUAUGUAGGGGGCUUGUUACAUAAAAACCUCUACCAUGGGUUAACAUGUGUAUGAGUUCUCCAUGGCUCACUUGAUGCAUUACCAUGUUCACUCUUGUUGAACUCCACUUAUAAUUGUGUGCCGCAGACAGAAGCAAAGUUAUAAGUUAAUGUCACUUUAAGUAAAUUCUGUAUUCAAUCAGAAAAAUGGGCUAUUUUUCCAAAGAUAAUGAGGAAAAUAUGAAGUUCUUAGUACAAUGCAGUAAUCUACACCAUCCAAUUUUUUUAUGUUCCCAUUGUACUGUUCAUAGACAGGGCCUUGACUGAGUAAACCUAAAAUAAAUGCUGCCACCAAUCAAGGCCUCAUUUAUGAAUAAUGUGAUGGGAACAUAAAAAUUUUGUUGAUGUAGAUUACUGCGUUGUGCUAAGAAUUUAAUUUUUUCCUUACUAUCAUGAGAAGAAUAGUCCAUUUUUCUAAUACGGUAUCCAGCCACUUGGAUUGAGCCGAACUCACACUGUUUCUCAGCAUGCCUGUAUGCCCUGCAGUUCAUAACUAAUGUUUAAUAUCUUUCCUAACAAAGGAAAAGUUAUGCUAAUUGUGGUGUGCAGCCAAGCCUGGAUCAAAUUGUGAAGCAGAAUCUCAGAUAAACAAAUGAAUGCUAGUUUGUCUGGUAACAGAUCAUUGUUGAUACAAGAAGAAAAGAAUUGUUGUAACCUGCUCAAUGCAGUCUGCCUCAAAUCUCCUCAAAUCUAAAGCACAUUUAAACAUUUAAUUAAAAUUUAACUACAAUUUCUUAGUAUAGGUCAACCUUUUAUGACCAAAAAAAAUUAAAAAAUUUCAAUUAACAUUUAACUAUAAUUUAAACACAAACCUACUGGUAUGUCUUUUGAUCAACCAUUUUUUUUUUAGCUUUGACCAAAAAUCAGUCUGCCUCAAAAAAAUUAAACAUAUUAAAACAUUUUAUUAACAUUUAACUAUAAUUUCUUAGUAUAAUGACCUGACCUAACUAAUCAUACACAAUGUAAGAAAUGCAAGAAAUUUUACAAUUGCCUGGAGUCCAUUAAGAAAACCACGUGUACAACACCAGUUCCAAUUGUGUUUGAGUUUUGUCAGUUUUCAGCACAUUCUUUGUCAACAAAAAAGUUAGAAAUAACAGAUUUUAAGUGGCUUAAACACAAACUUACUGGACCAGAUUUCUUUUGUGUCUUUUGAUCUGUAGAGCUGACAUUUUUUCUUACAGCUUUGCUGCUGUUUACGGUUCUGAACUUUUGUUUUCAUCAAACAGUUACAGUAGCUUAGUGACCUAGCAAAUGCUGUUGUCUGGCAUGGUCUUGUUACAUGUGGUUACAUGUUGUUCUGCAGUUUUUUUUUAAUUCACUGUGUUUUCAACACAUUCUCAGAAAUAUGAGCUUAACUUUUUGGAAAAUUUCUGUUGGUCUGAAUUUUACUUCUUUAACUAGAAAUGAUUAAAAAUCUGCUUUUUGACCUAGAAAAUGGGGGGUUGACUUAUACAUGAGUAAAUAUGGUAUCAUAUGACAUCAAAAUGUGCUAAGAACAAAAAAAUUGGCACACAAGGCACAGCCAAGUGUGUCACUGAUGUUUCUACAUUUUGUUGUCUUCUGUGACCUGUUACUGUGCAGAGUCACACAAUGUGGAUUUUGUUUGUUUUAUUAUUUUGCUCUUUUAUGAUAAGAAAGCAAAAUGUUGUUAAUGGUGACGUUAUUAUAUGUCUGUCCUCCAAUAGAUCAUAGGUAAGAACCAGUCAAAUUGCAUGUAUCACAUAAUAUUUCUAAGCACUGACAGGUAACUUUAUCUUCAAUUACAGCCAACACUAAACUUGCCAUUGAGUGAGAGUAUGAUAUACCAGGUUGUGCAACCUAACUGGCAUCACAUUCGUCUUAUUGGGGGAAUCAUUUAUGGCUUGCAUUUUGGCCCUGACUCUAAUGGAAACCAUUUCUCAAUCAUAGUUCAGAAUAUUUUACGGUCCCUGCAAGGUAAGAGAUAUAUCACUUUAUUUAUGUUUCAUUAUAUUUGCAAAGAGGAAUAUUUGUGUAAGUUCUUGACAUAAAUAUUUGGUAUACCAGUAAUUUGUUUGACCCCAUUAGACUUGACACUGUAGCAAAAUUCAGUAAGGGUUUAAGAAUACAAUCAAAUUUUCAUUUCAAAUGUCUUUAAUUUUAUAGUGUCCUUCUUUACACUGACAACUAGAAAUUCUUAGCUUGGGACUGAAAUUGUUCUCUUGAAGAUUAAUCAUGUAUGAUGCAGUAAGAAGAUGGCAAACUUUAUUUGUGAUCUGACAAACCAAUUUGUUUUGAGUAGGUACCCAGAGCCUACCAGUGGAUACACGGGCAAACUGGACUGGGCCUUCAAACCCUCAACCUCCAUUGCAAAAUACACCACCUGCUGCUCCUGCUCCUGCUCCAGCUCCAGCACAAAAAUCCUCAGAUCCUUCGUCCAGAGAAGUGUUAGGUGCUCUUAAGGCUCGAGAAAUGAACGAUGCAAGGAUAGGUAAGUUCUUUAACCCUUAACUCCUGGAAGUGAUUAACAUGUAACUUCUCCCUAGAAUAUCCAUACAUUAUCCUGCCAGCAGGUAAUGAGAAUACUCAAACUGAUAGUGUAAAAGUUGUUAUCUUGAUCUCAUUUCUAAUUCUCAUAACUAAUUUAUAAGGAAAUGUGUAGCAGCCAGAAGGGAGAAUUAACAAUCAGAUCUUGGGAGUUAAAGUGUUAAAAGUUCUGAGAGGGGAAUAUCAUGAUUAGAACCUGUUGAGAUCAGAAGUACUAUUAUCUGCUUGUAUCUUGUUAUUUAGGUUAACACAACAAGAGAAAUCCAAAUAUUUGUAAGAUACUGAAGGAAUAGUAGGAAACAUUUUUAUUUACUGAAUGAUUUACUUCAGACUGUUUUGUGUUUUAAGCCACAACCUGGGUUUUUUUGUGUUUAGUAUGUAGAUUGCUUUUAUUUCCCACUCACUGCUAUAUGGAAAAACAAAGGGAAAACAGAUGGAUGUGUUGUUGAAAUAGUGGUUCCCUUAGAGGGUGGAUGCAUCCCUUAUUUACAUAAAGCUAUGUAGUACUAUGGAAGAAAUUAAUGAGGCUUGAAUAAAGAUUUGUUCAGGAAAGGAAUUUCUGAAAAACAUUAAAAAUAUAUAUGAGUCAUAGUACCAGCAUUAUUUGAGUAAGGGAACUGAGUUAUAAGGCGUAAAGGUUCGUAUUGGGACCACGUUGAGUUGUCAGGAGAUUGAGCAGCUUUGUUGGUUUGAUUUUUUGCAUAAUAGGUGAUUUGUCUCUACUCUUGAAAAAUUAUCAAUAAUUGCAUAUUUACUGUUACGAUAUUCACAUAUAAGUGAUGCUGUAUUGCAAUAUUUCAGUUUUUAAAGGUACUGGAAAUUUUUCACUUUUGAAUUGUGUUAAGAUCCAGAAAAAAACAUGUAUUUGUACCUUCUCAUAGAGGAACGGUUGGGAGGGGGGGGGGGAAGGGGAGUCAAAAUCUUUUCUGACCUUUUAAAGAAUACCAGUUUUGCCUCCUAAUUUGUCAUAACAGCGACCCCUCCUGAUCAGUGACAUUGUGGGCUUCUAUGAAGUGAAAGUACAGGGUCGAAACAAAUUCACAAAUGUGGCAAAGAUAAAAAGGAGAAGAGAGCAAAACCUACAAAUCACUGGCUGUACUUCCAGGGUAUUUUAGUGGUUGAGACGAAUGUGACUGGGUAGUGUGGUCGUCCCCAGUGGGCGAGGGAGUCGUUUAUUAAUCGAAUUUCACGAGUGUAAUUUGUGGAAAUGUAGUGGUCAGUUUUGUUACUACUACUGAAAAUGUUGGCUGUAAGACUCAAGUGGUGUUUGUGAAUUGUAACUGAUCAAUCCUUUUCCCGACUUCCAGAUAUAUAUACAGUGUAGGUACUGUUCAUGUUGUUCAUGUCGCUGAACGUCACAUUAUUAAUGGCAGUGCUUGUCGUAGCCACUCGCACACAAGAUUGCUAUAUGCGAUAGGUUGCAACUGCAAUGUUCAAAUCAUUUACUUUAAGACUGUGGUGAAAAUUAUUUCAGAUGCUCUUUGCUCGAGUCUGAGUGACGCAGUCAGGAUCGGAGCACAAGAUAAAGCGGUCGAGCUCAUUAAAAAGUUGGCAAAUGAAAAACUUCCUCUCAGCAUAAAACUCAAGAAUCCUGUUCUGGUGACCAUGGACUCAGGAGGGGAUACGAUCAAGUAAAUGAAAUGGAAUUCUUUUAACGAUUUACGUUCCCCACCUUGCUCCCCUGGAACUUCGUAGACACAAGAAGGGCACAGUUUUUGUGGUUUACAUAAAUUUGAGCUCCAAACCUGUUUAGAAUGAAAAUAUUUGCGUACAUGCAAGCGGCUUCUGUGUUACGUGUUGUGUUCUUCAAACGCGAAACGACUCCACUUUAAGAAAAAGACCUCUAAUACACAACGACUAAACUGUAACUAACAAGAAAACUCCAACAUACGCAGUUUUAAACGAAAACGAAUGUUAAUAGAUUCCUGGACAAUUCUUAACUCCUGUUAGGUUUAUAUAACUCCUGCGAGGCUUUAAAUUAAUUAACAUAACAGUACGAAGCCACUUGUUAAGUGCUAUGUCUUUGGCUAUUGUUUCGCUAGCGAGAAUGAAAUCGUUUCCUCGAAACUGUCAUCGAGAUCCUCGAAAAUUUCCUCGAGCGUCUCGAUCCUGGAUUCUCGAUACUUGAUACGCGAGCCCCAAUUCUCGAUUUUCGAUAGAUUCGAGUUUCGAGUCGAGAAUGUCAACUUUCUUUUGAGCGGUACUGUAAUUGACUAGUUAAGACCAUACAGGUGAAUAGUGACUCUUGACAUAAACCUCGUGAAGGAUUUUUGUUCGUUUGGAAAGUUCCCGGAAACUGAUCAAUUUUUGGCCUAUCUUUGGAUAAGUAUCAUCGAAUACAUGUAUGUAGAAAAACGUUAAACUCCCGAGCGACUCUAUUCACGCUUUUUCUAUCAUACCAGAGUAAAAGAGCCUUUUUUUCUUAAGGCGAGAGCAAUAACCGAUGACAAACAACAUACACACGUGAUGAUAUGAUGAUAUGUAUCCUUCGAGGUCACCUAUGUUUCCUCUUCGCUCUUAAAUUAAUAAAUACAUCGAUAAAUAAUAAGACUUCUUAAAUAUAUAUAAAUACAUCGAUAAAUAAUAAGACAGGGUUAAAUUUUAAAUAUAUAUAUAUAUGUUCAAAAGCUGUUUGAGGAUAAAUUUAUUUAUAUCAAAAUAUGAAGACAAAAAGAUUUCAGCUGAAUUUUUUUCUUCUUUGAUCUUAAAUCAAAUUUUUACUAAUCCUUCCAAUUAAACCCUUUGAACAAAGCCCAGAAGUGAAGCGAUUCACGAAACAGGCUUGUCGGGAAAAUGUAGUUGCGUCCUUUUUUCCUCUUGAAAUAUAUAUAUAUAUUAGUUAGAAUAAGAUGUGGAGGAAACAAAGUGAAGCUUUCCUAGUCUUCCUAAUAAAUAAAUUCUUUCAAUUUCGCAGUUUACGGGUGGUGGUUGAAGAUAAACAAUCUAGUGGAGGAGCAUUCACCAUGAAGGUCUCGCCAUCGGCGACAAUAGAGAGACUGAAGCAAGAGGUAAUGUUCGACUUAUGAAAAAAUUAUAAUCUAAAGCACUCUACAAGAGGCGAGUGAUUUUGGUAAAAAAACUUGAAUAUUGUGGCUCGUUGAGCUUUUGAGGCCUUUUUAAAGCCCGUUUUACUCAUUGAUAAGUAGCGUGAGGUUUGCAAAAAUGGUGCCUUUAGAAGAUAAAUUUUCAAAGUAACCAUUACUUAGUUCUAAAAGAAACUGUCCAGGUGUUUUCUUCAGGUUUUUGACAGAUUCAGUUUUCCUGUGCAAGUUCAAAAGUGGAUUAUCGGCAAAAAAAUACCCAAGCCCACGGAAACGCUACUUGACUUGAAUGUGAGACAAACAGGGCACACAGUGUUUCUGUACCUUUUGUCCGGCAAAACGGUGGGAUUAAGAAGGUCUGAUACUGAUCAGUUGGGACGAAGUCAUGCAGCAUCAGUCAGUUCAACAGCCAGCGGCAGUGCUGGAACCAGGGUUCCUCUGGAAAGAGCUCCCGACUCACCAGGGCCGUUAAGACGUACGACAAGUACCCCCGAGUUUGUCGGUGUCAGUCAACCGUCUGGCAGAUCGGAGCGGCUUCCAACAGUGCAAGACAGUCCACCGUCAUCAUUUUCGAACCACGAACAAUCAAGUGGUCCCACUACCUUACCGUUCCAAAGAGCAACUAUUGUCGAUAUACGCGACAUGGUCCAGCUGUUGCAUGGUCAAGGGGAUCUCGGCAGUUCCCCCGACCCCCAGGGGUCGUUUGUGAACAAUUUGCUGGCUGCACAGCCAGCAGCGGAGGAAAGACCGCGUGAUGGAUGGGCCUGUGCUACGUGCACUUUUAUAAACCAGCCAACGAGACCCGGAUGUGAGAUGUGCAGUGCUGAUAGACCGCAGGGGUAUGUGGUACCUGAUGGGGCAAGUUUGGACGAGAGAGAGAGGCAAAGAAUAGCUGAGGAAGAGAGGUCGGAAGCUUUGUUCCAACAGGUAUGUUUUGUUUACACUAACGUGUUCAAUCUCUGCAGUCUUUUUUCUCUUUUUGCAAAAACACACACGUGAAAAUCACUGUUGUGCCGUAUUCAGCAUUUGUAUUAAAUACGAAGUUUUGAAAUGAAACACCUGCUUAUUCACCAUUCAUUCCAUUACAAGAAAAUUACAUCAUAGCAGAGCUUGUGCGGAGCUUUCAGACCUGAAUCUAUCAGGUAAAAAAUCUGGUUAUCACAUGAUAUCCCCAAUGCCCUUCGCGCUUUCGUUCUAGCGUGCGCAAAAUUUGAACGUUAUAUUUUGCCGUUUACAGCCGAAUUCUCGCGCAUGUCACAAUUAAUUUAGGAGAGUACUGAUUAUUUUUCUGAAGCAACGUCUGUUGCUGUUGUAAACUGUAAUUAUUAACUUUACUAGCGCCUAAGGCACACAGGUAGAACUUCAGGAUGAGUAGAAAUGGUCUAAGCGAAGGAUUUUUGUAGGAUCAGCCUCUGGUAGUUCUUAGGUUUUCCUUUCCGACGUUCAUUCUAUUAAAGGAGUUUUAGGGGGUUGUCUGUGAAGGAUAAAUCAGUCUCAGCUAAUGAUUUUAAUAUUUUAAAUGGCAAGAACUGGAUUGAUAUUGACAGUAAUGUGAAGCAAGCACCCUCUGCUGACGUUCAAAACAAUUGAAACAGGAAAGAGUCAAAAUGGCACCUUUCACCUGAAAGGGUCUAGCGCUGCUUCUCCCAUUUGUAACUUAAAAAACUGAUUAUUAAGUUAACGGAAGAAGUAAAAAAAAGAAGAAGAAAAUAAGGGAAAAAAAGCCAAAGAAGAAAGCAAGGGUGUUUUUUCACUUGGGCGUUUAACUUCCUUUCCACUACUUUCCAAUUAAAUCUUUUUUAAAAGAAAGCUUGCGAGAUAUUUUUUGGCCUUGUGCAAGAUGUUUCUAAUCUUGUUUUCCGCCUUUUCCUUAGGAUGCGGAAAGGCAGCUCAUCAUGGGCUUACGAGAAGCUCGACAGGAAUCUGAAUGAUGUGUGAUCUUGAAAAGACUCGACACAUUUAACAGCAAUACGUCCCAGUUCUUGCCUAAGUAGUUAAGGAACGACUUAAGCCUUUGAUUUAGCUCUUGUUGAGUGUUUGUAGAAGUAAUGUUUUGUUGUAUUUCACGAUUGUAUGUAGUUAAUUAUGAAACCUUUUUACAUGCUGGCACUCGACUGUCAAAGAACCUGUGAAUAUCCUACAUAUGAUUACUAAGGCUGCAAGAAUUGUUAGUUUAAGCUUAAGUGCGUGCGGUAAUAAAGAGUUGAUUUUUCAAGCUGACAAAUUCUGUGCCACCUUUAAAUAUGAGUAGGUCACAAAAAUGAAAAGUUGGCCGCCAUUGUGAGGUCACGCUGUUAAACUUAAGCUCCAACGAGUUACCAGGACAAGAUAUCCUGUUACAUUACAUUAUCUAGCAAACUAGCGAUUAGAAUAAAGAAAAAUAUCGUUAAGGGGAUUAUCAGUUUAUCUUAUACCCAAUUCUUUUCACUAAAAUUGUAUGGCAUGACAGUAAGGAGAAUCACUUAAGAUAUCGUGGAGAAAUUGAAUUAUUAAAAAUGUAGAAAAUUCCUGGAAGUAUUGGUGGAUGAUUUGCACUCCGCAAUAAUUUGGAGAUGACAAAUUCUGUUCUUUCCACUAUAAAUGGUAGUCACUGUCAGUGAUUGUGCCUGUUCUCACACGCUACGUUCUUUUUCGAGGGUUCCAUGACGUUUCUCCGUGAGAUUUCUUCACACGAUGGUGGUUGUAUUAUAGUUGACUUAUGCCCCAUUCACACCAAAGCUUAAACAUGUUUAAAAGUUGUUUUGUUAAACACAGUUUAAUCUUUUUUUUCUUCAUAGAAACUAUUUAGCCGAAUAUUUUUGACUUGAAUGUAGCACAUUGGAAAUGCAAGUUAGCAAGUACUUGAAUCCAAUGGAAAAUCAAGUUUUUCAGUUCUCUGUUUAUAAUUUUCAUUCAAUGAAAACCAGUUUAACAAAACAUGUUUUGCUGGUGUGAAUGGGGUAUUAGUUAACCACAGAAGACGUCCUUUUAUGACUUAAAAUAAAAUUUAUCAUCUUUAUGGUAAUUGAGCGAAGUGAAGUGCAAUUUGGUCAGAUAUCGUAGGCGUGAUUUCAGACCGAAAUUGCACAACACGUAGUUCAAUUACCCCGGUAAUGCUUCCAUCUUGAAAUCGCAAAAUUUAAUUGCCCAAAUGCAGAAAUAAGUGGGAAAUACAGGAGUAAAGUUGCUAAAUUUGCUGCAAAAUGGCUGCCUUUUCUUUCAUCUUCCUGUAAUUUGAUGGGUUACUAUACUAUAUAAGCAAGCCUUGAAAUCUCGACUGGUUGUUUUGUUUUAGUGUUGCUUUGUCGUUUGCUGAGUAUAAAGAUGCGGUUUAGAGCAAUUAAAUUAUGCGCUUCGUGAAUAAAUGGAAUUGCAGAGAGCAAAUCGCAUUGCCAGUGAUUUCGGAAUGGAUGUAAUAGUAAUUGUAACCAUUAGGAGAUGAAAUGCCUGAAUGCAAUUACUUUACAAAUAUUUCAUUACAGUAGCAUCCAUUUUCAAUGAGAGCAUGAAGGAACUGAGAAAGACUUAGAGUAUGUUUAAGAGACCUGUAGUGGCCGGAUCUGGCCAAUCCAAAUUCCUAGAACGCCUCUCGUAUGAGAAUCAUAAGACCAAAACCAAACUAAAUACCAAUGCCGAUCAGAACAAGUGUAAAGAUCAAUUAAAUCGGUUCAUUAUUCACUGCUUAAGUGCUUGGUAAAUGGAAAGAAGACGCUUGAUUCCAUGAAAAUGAGGUCUGUAAGUACCACACCGAUCAUUUCAACGUUUGUAUUUAUGAAAUGGCAAAGGUGUUUUAUUUUGUCGUGUCACCCCAGCCAAUCGAUUCUGGAAACAGUAAUUGAUCCAUCUCAUCAAUGCUUGCGGCAAUAAUAAUGAAGAUAUUGCAAGACAUGAGCUCUUUAAGAUUGCUACACGAUGCAGCAAAUUUGCCAGACUACACUAGGACGUGCGUGAUGAUAAGAUAGUCUGAUGAUAAUUCAAGCCUAUUUGAGGAGUUAUGUCAUUUUUUUUUUCUUCUUCUCAGGCUGAACGAACGCGGCAAGAAGAAGAAGAGAUGGCAAGAGAGAGAAACUUUACUACCCUCCUACAGACCGCACAGCAAAGUCUAAUACCCAACCCGGAGGAGUUUGACUGCGGCAUAUGCUAUGUGCCCGUGGACCCCGGAGAGGGAGUUGUACUUAGAGAAUGUUUACACAGGUUUUGCAGGUAAAGGUAAAAAGGCGCUAGCCAAAAGGAGCACACUUGUUGUUAACAGUUACAAUUAAACGACUGUCUUACUGUCUUCUCACACUGGCCAAUGAUAACCAUGACACGUAAUCCAGCGGUCUAACAUCGAGCAUGCGCAAGGAAUCAAUUUAAGCUGGCAGCGUGCACAUUUUCCGCGCAAAAUUCCAUAGAAAAACAUGAAACAACAUCCUGUCGCGCAGGAUGCGGAAAACGUUGGAAAGUUCAAAGAAAUGUUUUAAAAGGAAACCGUAGAAAGAAAGAAAACCCGAGACUUUUCAAACGCUAACCUUAAUUACUACGGGUAUCCUGUUUAUUUACCAUUUUAUUUUGUUUUGUCAAAAAAUCAAACGCCUUUAACACAUCGUGACCUACGACUACUUUAUAAUUCCUGUUACACAACUUAAUUCUGAAAGCCUGAAGCAACGUUCACGCAUACGCAGACGUUUGAUCACAGUUUGUGAAGCAUACACUGUCCUCUUACUGAUAACCAAUCCCUUUUAAGCUUUUUGUUAUUUUCGUGACUAAACAGGCGAAAUCCGCUUUUGUCUUAGUUGGAUCAUGGUACCAUGCCUUACCAAACAAUUUCGCUGCUCAAAAGUUGAGUUAGACGAACAGCUAACCAAUAUAAAAUUUGUUUCUUUUUAAUUAGUGCCAAUUACAACGAUUAGCUCUUUCUUAGAUCCUAUUCACUAAUUCUGAUCAUCGUUUUUUGCUGGCUUAUUUCGAAGGGAUUGCCUUAGUGAACACAUUCGUCACGCAACAGAUCCAGAAGUUCAGUGUCCUCAUCAGGAUGAAAAUUAUGCGUGUCACGCAACCAUCACGGGUCAAGAAAUUAAAGCAGUGAGUAAAAUUUAAAACAUGUUCUUGCAUAAAAUCAGUCCCAAGACACCAUGCAACAUAAUUACCAAAAGAAAAGAGACACAUCCUCGUCAGUUUUAAAAUAUGAGAGCAGUUGCCUUAUUGUUAAGCGACUAGGUGAAAGUUUGUUCAGACAACAGUUGGUGUUUUCUCUUUUUCGAGCGACACUAAACACUCCAAGACUUCUUGCGGCUUUGCGCGAAAUUUUGCACAAGAUCUCAAUCUUGGAGUAUGGGAUAAUUGAUAAUAGUUCUACGUACUUCCAAGUAAAUUGUUUUUCUUUUGUUUUUAUUUGUUUAUGUAGCUUCUCUCGCCGGAAGAUUUCAACAAGUUCUUGAACCGCAGCCUCGCCACUGCGGAAAGUCAAGCCCCCAACAGCUUUCAUUGUAAAACUCCAAAUUGUCAGGGGUGGUGUGUGUACGAGGACAAUGUCAAUACUUUCCACUGUCCAGUGUGUAAUCAGCCGAACUGUUUGACGUGCAAAGUGAUUCACGCCAACAUGAACUGCAAAGAAUAUCAAGAUGACCUCAAGAGAAGGGCACAUAAUGAUGAAGCGGCCAGGAAAACGCAACAGUUUCUCGAGGUAAAAUAGUAAGAAUGACUGGCUGCUUGUAUACUUCCUCUUUGCUGCACUCUAAUUUCGAUACCAGGCCCUUUUUUUGACACUUUCUCUCCAGUCCGGUGUUCGUUCCUGGAUCGUGGGCUCUUCCAGGACAGCGGCUAGUCAUCGAACUUAUCGUCAAAAUCGAAAUAGUGGCGAAUAAAGAUUGGACGAUUCAGAACUUCGGCGUUUGGCGUACGGCGCUCAUCAAAAUAGUAGAGAACAUGAAGUGGGAUAAAGAGAAUCCCACAUGCUCGGGAAAAUAACUGUUCGAGAAUUUUUUAAGUUCUUAGAAUUUGAAUUUGUAGACAUCCCGAGUCGUAGGGACAAAGCGUGAAUAUUGGAAGCGUUUCAUUUUCCCCGCCACUCACCAGACUAUUGCGAUGGUCGACGAUCGUAUUCAAAGUACAAAAAAAAGCUUGAUUAAGACUUUGGGGACGCCAUCAACUUUUCAUCACUAGAUUCAAAUCGUUAAUUCGUUAAUUCUGUCCCCCAAAAACCUAAUAUCGCAACAAUCCAGGACAUUAUGUCUGCAUAUUUCCCAAUUUAUGGGCAAACAUUGGGACAGAAUGGAAACCGUGGAAUCCCCAACCGUUGGGGAUUUUUCCGACCAGUGGAAAUUGAUGCCCUCGAGCAUUAUUGAUGCUAUCAGUAUUAUCAUUGUGGUGACAAUUUGCUGAAUACUUUUUUUUUCAGGGUAUGGUCGCUGGUGGAGAGGCGAUGCAUUGUCCAACAUGUGAGAUUAUUUUAGUUAAGAAAGACGGUUGUGAUUGGAUGAGGUGCAGUAUGUGUAGAACGGAGAUAUGUUGGGCCACCAGAGGACCGAGAUGGGGACCUGGGGUGAGUUUCAGACCGGACUUGUAUUUCCCGCUUUCGUUGUCUCUUUACGUCCGAUUCGUUAUAAUGAGAAAGGUCGAUAGUGUUAAGUGCCAUACAGCUGUAUUCCGCGCGUGAUCCACGCCUCUUUUCACGGGCGGUUGGGUGGACAAAACCACGAGCCAAAAUCAUCGAUGCUAUCAUGGCAUUUUUUCGGUGCUUUGGGUGAUCAAAUUGUCCUUACAAAGAAGAAGAAGAAGAAGAAGAUGGACGAGGCUAUCGUACGUUAAAGGCAGUUGCUCUUUUUUUAUGAAAAGAGGAAAGUAACUUACAGUGCUCAGCACUUUGGGUGUUGCUGGCGCCGAUAGGAUAGGGCUUUUGUCAUGUUCAUGCCUCUGUUCAUGAAUCCGAGUAAGCAUGUGAUUCUAAACAAGAUAAUAAGAAAGGAUCAGUUUUCAGUUUCAUGUUUGUACAAGAAGGUCAGCUAUACAAUCGAACGGAAGACGAUGCGCAUAAAUCUCCAGUUAUGCUCACGUUUAGACUGAGACCGAUUCUUUUUCUUGUUUUUAGGGCACUGGAGACAUCUCAGGAGGUUGUAGGUGUCGUGUUGGUGGCAAGAAGUGCCAUUCUAAAUGCCGAAACUGUCACUAACAGAUGCUCUUCGAAACAGAUAUAUGCACUUAAGACAGUCGAAAUCCCCUGAGAGAACUGAGAAGAGGUAGUUUUGGCAGAGCCUUGCAUACCAACAAGAGAUUAUAAACCAUUAUCUCUUGAUACCAAAGAGGUCAGUUCUGUGGUCGUAGAGCGUUGAUCAGUUACUCUGUGCGUGGUAUUUAUGCCAUUUCCAACGGAUGUUCUUCGUUUUUGCCUGUUUGUUUUUGUUUUGCUAUAUUUUUGAUUUAACGAUCACGCGCAACAUUAAUUUGACCACCUUGCCUUUUGAUUUAUAGCUAAAGGGAAACCUAAAGAUAUAUUUCGGUGUUGUUAGAGGUUCUCUCGAGGCUUCCGUGUAUUUUAGACUUUCAAUGGCUAACGUCAAGGUGUUAGUUUAGAAAGACCCAUAAAAAAGGAAGAGGUAAAGCAAAUGCUGCGACGGUGAUGAAGGAUCGACAAGACUGUUUUUCGAGACUUCUGCAUAUUCUAGACUGUCGAUGGGCCUUGUCAAGGUGUUAGUGUAGAAGGAUCUAUUGAAAAAAGGAGGGGAUAAAGCAAAGACUUGCGAGGGUGAUGAAGGAUGAUCGAGAUUGAAAUAAAUUUCACAUAAAGUUUUUCCAAGGUGUAAAAACCGCAGCGAAGUUCCCUAAAGUUCUAGAUAAUAUUUUACUUUAAUACAUACGACACCUAUUACACCCUGAAGAAAAUGAAUUCGAAAAAUAUUUCUCAUUACCUCAGACUUAAAACUUCGGCGAAAUUUCGUUUAAAUUUCCAUUUUAGCUGUUAUAUGUUUUUUUUGGACAUAUCUCUACGACACAAGCAUAAAUGGAAAUAACAUACGUAGAAGUGCAUUUUGUUGAGAUUUUGUGGAACAAAAAGCAUUAGAUGAUCAACGUAACAACUUUGACAUAUUUUGCGUGCAGUUAUGCUUUUGUGGCAUGAGUAAACCAGUCUUCACCGUUAGCUAGUAAUAUCAAUUUGUAGUUGUAGACGCUAAAAUAGUUAACAGCGUUUAGAGUACACAGUAGAAGCCUUGAAUUAACCAAAACAAAGAAAAUAACUAUGAAAUGAAGAAACUUUGCUAAAUAUUUAACAUUUUGAUGAGUGUUUAGCCGAGCCUCUUACUGUAAACCAAGUGAGACAAAAGCCUGCAUUAUUAUUAUAACAGUGGUCUUAAAUGAUAAAAGAACGUUGACAACUAUAAAUUAUAGAGUCAGGCGUUCCAUGAGAGAUUAAAGCGUUUUUAGGGGGUUCCACUUCUGAAUCAAUAAAUGGACGCUAUGAUGGAUUAUGAUCUUUCAAACGUAAGACAAACGGUCAAAUGUUCCAGUAUUAUCAUAUCCACGAUGAACAAACACAUUUUUCGCAGCAAUAGUAGUUUCGACGCUAUUUGCUUUUAAAUAUAUGUACACCUUUUAUUAUAUACAUUUAAAACCAAAAAUUAGGUUUUGGGUUUAGGUUAAUUAUUCACUUAAUUUCUAAUUAUGACGCUCUCAACAACUGUGUUUUUUCUUUUCUUCCAUUGCUCAGUACACUGAAUAGCUUUUUACAAUUUCCUAGAACUAAAAGUUUGGAUCGUUAGAAAAUUACAGCCAUUUUUAAAUCAAAGGGUGUAAAAAAUAAACUGUCC